UCGUGCAAUUUGUUUCGCCAAAACACAACAAAGCAAAGCGUAACUCCCUGCCACCAACAAACACGUGACAACCAUCCAUCCACGUCGUCGACGUCGUCCACGUCCAGUCCACGACUCCUGUAGCAGUGCAGCAACCAACACACACACACACACAUACGCACACAGCUGCACGCCCAGCGAUCAUCGCAACCAUGAGCUCCACGUCAAACGUGCGAUGCAGAUACUUUGUGCACGGGGCAUGCACACGAGGCGAACAGUGCCCCUUCUCGCACGACAUGGCCGCAAAGCCAGACAACACAUGCAAGUUCUACCUCGCCGGCUCCUGCCACUACGGUGACAGGUGUCGCUACGACCAUGUCCGCCCGAAGAAGAAGACAGCGUCACAGUCCAAGAGCAGUGCCGCUGCUGCUAAACGGCAACGCCAGCAGCCCGCCACAGCAAACAGUCGUUCGCAACAGAGCAGAACGAAGCAAUCACAACAACAACAGCAACAACGGUCAGCAAAGGCCACAUCACAGGCCACAGCCCCACCUCCAUCCUCGUCUCCAUCUUCUGCAACAACGAAACCAACGAAACCAAAGACAAAGGGGGCCACAAAGACAAAGACAAAGGCAGCGUCAAAGGGGAACGCAUGGAGACCUGCGCCGGCUGCAAGUGCAACCACCAAGGCGUCCCAAGCAACACCAGCAACAACAGCAACAACAACAACAACAGCAGCAACAGCAACUACAGCGCCCACAACAGCGAUACAGCCACCACCAGCGCAGAUGCUGGCACAGAUGUCGGCAGAUGCGCCCGAGUUUGUGCCCAGCUCAUUCAUGCCACCACCCACGAUGAACGCACCCACGACGCCCACGCCCUUGCUGACCCUCACUUCACAAGCCCCAGAGUUCCACCCAACUGAGCAGCAGCAGCACCAGCAGCAGCAGCGACAACAUUCGGCAGUGCCAGGCGUGGCAACGCAGCAGCAGCAGCAGCAGCAGCAGCAGCAGCAAAGGUCGGGCAAGCUGGGGCAGUUGCCACCGAGCGUGCUGUCGCCCACAGUACCGCCCGACAAGGCACGCCGCAUCAACGCGGACUGGCGCACAAAGGAGCUCAGCUCCACCACAAUCAGGGAUGCGCAGGGGAAGGUGGUGAGUGUGGCCAAGCCGCGCAAGCACAAGGCAGCGCCCCCACACGUGCCCGUCACCGCCGUUGCUGGGCAGGAGCCAGGCAAGCUCUUUAUCGUGGUGAAGAAGAAGGCAGCGCGCAAGGCCAAGGCACAGCAGCAGGAGCAGGAAGAGGGUGAUGCCAGCGGCAGUGCUGGAGAUGGUUAUGAGCAGCACGACCAGCCGUCCCUCGCGUGGGUCAAAGCGCCCGCAGGUGUCGACUACCAGCAGCACCAGUACAUGCCCGCAUACCCAACACAACCGGUCAACUAUGCCCACGCCGCCCGCGCAGCGCUUGAAGGCGACGAGGCCCUCGAGGCAGCGCCGCUGUGUCCUGCUGGCGUUGCGACCGGCGACUGCCUGGACGAGGAGUGUGCAUAUCUGCACGGGAUUGAGUGCCCCGUGUGCCACCUGCUGGUGCUGCACCCGUAUCGCCCCGAGGAGCACGACGCCCAUGUCGACGCGUGCGCUCGCAAGCAGGAGCAGGAGAAGAGGCGGCGGGCGAAAGUGAAGGAGAGCAAGGGCGUGGAGUGCUGCAUUUGCCUUGAAGAAGUCCUCGCAAAACGCGUCCCCUCUGACAGAAAGUUUGGCAUCCUUCCCAACUGCAAGCACGCGUUUUGCCUGCGCUGCAUUCGAAAGUGGCGGCAGCAUUCGGAGCAAGGCACCAUUGUCCGCCAGUGCCCAAUCUGCCGCGAGCGCUCCUUCUUCGUCGUCCCAAGCAGCUUCUUUGUGACAGACGAUGCAGAAAAGGCAGCCCUCAUCGAAGAAUACAGGGAGCGCCUGUCCAAGCUCGAUUGCAAACACUUUGACUUUGGUCGUGGGGACUGUCCCUUUGGCGACUUUUGCUUCUACCGCCACGUGACCAGGGAGGGUGAGGCUGCGGUGAGCGGGAAGCCACGGUACAUCACGUCGGCUUCUGGGCGGGCGACGCGAUUGCAGAAGGUGCGCCUGAGCGAUUUCUUGCAGUUCAGGGAGGAUAUGGCGCAGCAGAUGGAAGAGGACAACGACGUGGACGUCGGCAUCUGAGCACCUCGUUUGUGUGUGUGUGUGGUUGUGUGUGUGUGUGUGUGUGUGUGUGUGUGGUUGUUUGUGUGUCUGUGUGCGGGUGUGUGUGUGUGUUUUUGUGUGUUUGUGUGCACGCGUUCAGUGUUGGGGCCUUUUGUGGCUGUGUUCUUUGGCACUGCGUUGAUGUGGUGAUGUGACAUGCCCCCUCAGUAUGUUGUCGUGAAUGAACCAUCAACGUAAGCAAAG